CUUAUUAGAACUAGGGUUUUGGCAAGGGUUUUCUAGCAGCGCCACUAUACAAACACAAAACACACCAUCAAAAACCCUUAUACAAAUUCACAGUUAUCAUUAUCAAAAAAUGAUGAAGGGCAAAAAGAGAGAAAGAAUUCAAAACCCAGAACCAUUUUUAUUAAUGGAAGAUGAUGAUGAAACCAUCAGCAAAGCUGCUUCCAAGAAACGCAAUAAAGCCCCUAAAAAACAUCAGCAAAGACAAGAACUGAUAUCUUCAAAAAUGAGUUCCAAGAUUUUGAAAGAAGCUUUCCUACAACAGAAGGAAUUACAAGAUGAAGCUAAUGCUGAAAAUCCUAAUAAUAUUGUUUUCCCAGAAGACCCCAAAACUCAAGUUUCUGAUGAUGAUAAUGAUAUUGAUGAUGAUGUUGAUAAUUUCGCCGGUUUUUCUGAUAAUGUUAGCCAGUAUGGUGGUAACGAGGAAGAAAUUGAUGAGGGCGAAGCGAAGUUACUGGAAGCGUUUUUCUCCAAUGAUGCACAACCACAACGGACUUUGGCUGAUAUCAUUGUGGAGAGGAUUAAACAAAAGGAUCAAGUGUCUACAGGUUUAUCUGCAGGAACCCAACCUGUACCAAAAUUGGAUGAUUCUGUCAUAGAAAUAUAUAAGAGUGUUGGAGAGAUUUUCAAGAAAUAUACCGCAGGAAAAUUACCAUUGGCCUUUAAAAGCAUACCGGCAAAGCAACACUGGGAGGAACUCCUGUAUCUGACCGAACCAGAUAAUUGGUCUCCAAAUGCCAUGUAUCAAGCCACCAGAAUCCUUGCUUCCAAUAUGAGUUCAAAGAAAGUGGAGAGGUUUUACAAGUUUGUGUUACUUCCUCGUAUUAGAAAAGAUAUACGGAAUAACAAAAAACUUCAUUUUGCGUUAUAUCAAACUUUGAAGAAAGCUGUAUACAAACCAGCUGCCUUCAAUAAGGGUAUUUUGUUUCCUCUAUGCGAGUCAAGGACUUGCAAUUUGCGAGAAGCUGUUAUUAUUGGAAGUAUUCUUCAAAAGGUUUCUAUUCCACCUCUUCAUUCCAGUCUUGCGUUAAUGAAACUUUCAGAAAUGGAAUAUGGUGGCACAACAAGCUACUUCAUUAAGCUGUUAGUUGAGAAGAAAUAUGCUUUGCCAUAUCGAGUUAUUGAUGCAAUGGUUGCACAUUUCAUGAGAUUUUGUGAGGACUCAAGGGACAUGCCUGUGAUCUGGCAUCAGUCACUUCUUGCUUUUAUGCAGAGGUACAAACAUGAACUGACGAAGGAGCAAAAAGAUGACAUAAACUAUCUUGUGAAGAAACAGCGACAUAAAAUGGUCACGCCUGAAAUUCUAAGAGAGUUGAAUAAUAGCCGUAACCGUGGGGAAAAGGAGGAUGACCUUAUGUCUAUCUCUUCCCCUAUGUCGGUGAUCAACAAAACAAUAGACGAAGACAGGUUUGAUAUUCCAGAAGUUCCCAUGGAAGAAGAUUGAUUAAUGUCCAGAAAUCAUUUUAUCAUUUUGGAAACUCGUGCCUUUUGCAGUAGUGAGAUUUGGAAGUUUCACAUUCUAGAGCUUCUCCAAGUUGUUCCACCAAACUGCGGCGAGCGUUGGGUCACAUGAUUGACUUUGCGAAAUAUGUGGACUCAGUUGAGGAGUAUCAAUAACAAUUUUGUAGGAACAUGUUUAAAGCUGGAUAUUUAUACCAUACUUAAAUGAUGAUUGGAUGUAUUAUUGAAAUUUAUUUCAUAUAAUUGUAUAAUUUAUAAAUCUUCUUUGUUCA